UCCAUGUUGUGAACGUGCAAAGAAAAGCACAUGAGGUUAUUUUGUCUCAAGUAGAAUUUGCCAUCUUUUCCUGAUUAUUUGUUCAUUACAAACGCGUGUUUGAAGCAAAAUGAGUGACUUUUCGUCACUCGGGUUGUCAGACUGGCUCAUUAAACAGUGUAAGCAGUUGGGCAUCAACAAACCAACUCCUGUUCAAGAAAAUUGCAUGCCAGCUAUUCUAGAAGGUCGUGACUGCAUGGGCUGUGCCAAAACCGGAAGCGGCAAGACCGCAGCGUUUGUGCUUCCGGUGCUACAGAAACUGUCAGAAGACCCUUACGGCAUCUUCUGCUUAGUGCUGACGCCCACCAGGGAGUUGGCAUACCAGAUCGCGGAGCAGUUCCGAGUCCUGGGGAAGCCACUAGGUCUGCGAGACUGCAUCGUCGUAGGUGGAAUGGACAUGGUGAGUCAGGCCCUGGAGCUUUCCAACCAGCCUCACGUGGUCGUAGCCACGCCGGGCAGGCUCGCUGAUCACAUUCGCAGCUCCAACACCUUUAGCAUGAGGAAGAUCCAGUUCCUGAUUUUGGACGAGGCAGACCGGCUGCUGGAGCAGGGCUGCACAGACUUCACCAAAGACCUGGAGGUGAUCCUCAGGGUGCUGCCGGCCAAACGUCAGACUCUGCUGUUCAGCGCCACGCUCACCGACACGCUGCAGGACCUGAAGAGCAUCGCCAUGAACAGACCUUUCUUCUGGGAGAGCACGUCCGAGACUCGUACGGUGGAGGAGCUGGACCAGAGGUACAUCCUGACUCCUGAGAAGGUGAAGGACGCCUACCUGGUCCACCUGAUCCAGACCUUCACGGACGAGCACAACGACUGGUCAAUAAUCAUCUUCACCCACACGUGCAAGAGCUGUCAAAUCCUUACCAUGAUGCUUCGGCAAUUUGACUUCCCCACAAUCUCCCUCCACUCAAUGAUGAAGCAGAAACAACGAUUUGCCAAUCUCGCCAUGUUCAAGGCGAGUGUCUAUAAAAUCCUCGUUGCUACAGAUGUAGCUGCCAGGGGCUUGGAUAUUCCAACUGUACAGGUUGUAAUCAAUCACAACACGCCCGGCCUGCCAAAAAUCUACAUCCACAGGGUGGGCCGAACAGCCAGAGCAGGAAGGAACGGGGUGUCCAUCACACUGGUGACACAGUACGACAUCCAUCUUGUCCACGCCAUCGAAGAGCAAAGUCAGUCUAAAAUGAAGGAGUUUGGCGUGAAGGAGAAAGAAGUCCUGAAGAUCAUCACACAAGUCAACGUGACCAAACGAGAGUGUGAAAUAAGACUUGAAUCUACAGACUUUGAUGAGAAAAAGGAGAUCAACAAGAGGAAACAGAUGAUCCUGGAAGGAAAGGAUCCAGACUUGGAGGCAAAGAGGAAAGCAGAACUGGAGAAGAUCAGGAGCCAGAAGAAGAAGUUCAAAGAGCAGAUCCAGAAGAACAUUGAGGAACAAAAACAAAGACAGCUCAAUAGGAACUUCAAGAGCAAACAUAUGAAAAAGACAAAACAAGGAACCGAUUGACACUUGUUGGGUGGUUUGAUCUUUUAUUACUGUGCAAUAUCAAAUAGUUUCAUAUUUGUGACGUUCUGCAAAUCAAUGACAAUUUUAUACCAUAAAAGAAAUACUCAGUUCUUGGCAGCAUUUGAUUCCAUCACUUCACAGGAAAUGAGACUGCUUGUUUGUACUUCAUAUUUACAUCCAACUGAUGGAUGAAUGUACAACUGAUUACUACACUGACAUGACACAAACACGUUGGCUCUAAUGACAGAAUGCAAGCGGUAUCUUUUUUUUUUUUUUAAGCCAUUAGAUGUUAGAAACAGAUCAAGGACAACUUGGAUGCGAAAGGUAAAAACUAAAUCUAUACUUGAUAAAACUAGAACCACAAGCAGAGUCUGAGAAACUAAUUCCUGUAGACAACUGACUGAGCAAAAUGCACAAAAGCAAACUGAUUUCAAGAAGCAAAAGGAACGCCACAAGAAAUAUACAACAGGGCCAAGUCUGUGUUACACGCAUCUUAAGUCCACAGAAGCCAAAAAAAAAAAAAAAAAAAAGUCCCAUCCUCCAUUAUGUCACCCCACAGAGAAGGAAGGUGGCUUAUAAA